ACUGUCAACAUGUUCAAAUCUUUCUUGGUGCUGUUCGUAGCUGUGCUGCUGAUUGGCGGAAGCCAACAAGCACCGCAGUCAUCAUCUUCAGGUCAGUUCGGCGACGGUAUUCAAUAUUACGCAUACACUUACAAUAGCUCAAGUGCCGGUACUGGUGGAAAUGCAGGAGCUGGAGCUAGUGCUGGGGCCGGUUUCAGUUUCGGCGCCGGGGUAGGAGGCAACGCAGGAGCGGGCGCGGGUGCUGGAGGCUCAGGCUGAUUGUAAUACCCAUAAAACAAGAGCUGUUCAGAAAAUAUCUACGUAAUUCUACAUCACUCGA